CGAAUUGUUACAGCUGGGAGAAAACUCCUGAGACAGGCCGCCACCGCUGUAAAGGUGUCUCCACCAUUUUCGACAGGGCAUUUGGAUCAUGAUAACGUAAAAUAAAGUUACACGUUUCAAAGAGAUGGCCGCCUACCGAGAUACAUUUUGUUUGUUUUUAACGCCGCACUCAGCAGUCCUGUGAAUAACAAUUGAGAAUACAAUGAUAUGCAUCAACCAAGUCAGCAAGCCCGACCACCUCUUACGACAAGCAUAGUCGCCUCUUGGGGUUGCUGAAUGGGUUGCUGAAGACCUAUUCCAACCCGGAUCUUCACGGGCCACCUGCUACCUGCUUAUGAAGACAGGGUGACGGCCGUCUAACACAAAGGUCACGAAGGUCGUAACUGAAACCCUGGAACCAAGUACUGACGUAGUGGACAAACAUCACCAUGGCUGGGGCUGGUGUUGAGAGACAGGACAGAUUCACCGUGACGAGCACCAAGUCAUGCAGGAUCAGGUGUGUCUGGAGGCCACGGGGGUAAUGGCUCUCGACCUGCGUGGGAAGACGUAGGACGCAGGGAAUCACAGUCCAGGUUGACCUAUAGAGGCCCUGUGUAGCGAGGAUGGAGCUGGUCGUCUUCUUCACUUUCCUGACGCUGCCAGGUGUGGCUCCUCUCUGUGAGGGGGACAAGCUGUGUAUGGCCGCCUGCUCCACCAAGCCCCGGGACCACGUGGACGACUGUCUGGACGUGUGCAGGCAACAUAGCUGUAACCAGACUGAAGUCCUGACACCCACUAACACAGAUGGCCCUGUUGUCAGAGAUCCUAUCUCUUUCCCCACAAGAUGGCUGCCCACCAUCAUAGGGGCGCUCGUCGGUGUAGGAGUCCUGGCUGCCGUCAUCUACUACUUCCGGAGGAGCUGGUCGCGGCGGGAUAGGUUCCCAGGGUACGGCUUCUCCCGACUACGGAGGGGGCGUGGCAGGGAGACAGACGUCGCGCUUAGAGAGAUGUCCUCAGUCGCCACCUAGUGUCAGCGUCCAGCAGCAGGCGAUUAACACAUCUGUCUGUGUGUCACAACACCAUUUGUCUGUAUGUU